AUGUCAGAUUUCCCACCAAACUUGUCAAUUAGGCCCUUGACGAUUGAAGAUCUACAACAAUGUGUUGAAUUGGAGGCAAAAGGGUUCUCGGAAGAAGAAAGGUGUUCCGAGGAAAAGAUGAGGUAUAGACUCACAGUGGCACCUGAAUUGUGUUCGGGAUUGUUUAUCAGAGACUUUGAAUAUAGGUAUAACUCCUUAAACUUGCCAGAGGUGGCUCAGAAAAUACAGCGAGAACAUGAUGAAAAAGAAUCAUUUAAACAGAAUAAUGCUGGAAAGGGCAACAACGGAGCAAAAACAAACGAAGGAAAAGAAAAGGGGAAAAAUGGAGAAAACCCUGAUAAAGUGGACGACAAAAACUUUGAUAAAGACGAUGAAGACGAUAUUGAUGAUGAUGAUGAUGACGACGACGAGGAUUUUCCUGCUAGAUCGUCUGUGAUUAAGGAAACCUUGGUAGGGCACAUUAUUGGUACAAAGAUUUAUGGAACUAAAAUCUCUGAAGAGUCGAUGCAAUUACCUACUCAAGGAGUCAAGGGAAGUGGACACGUUGAGACUUCAAGAACAAUUGGUAUCCAUUCUGUUGUUGUUGACCCUGAGUGGAGAGGCAAGAACUUGGCUGCUUUGUUGUUACACGAUUACAUUCAAAAACUAUCUAAUCAGGAUGUUGGUGACCAAGUUGUAUUGAUUGCACACGAUACAUUGAUUCCAUUCUAUGAGAAGAUUGGAUUCAAUAACUUGGGUGAAAGCGCAUGUAAAUAUGCUGGCUCUACAUGGUACGAUAUGGCUAUAGACUUGGUUGCCACAGAUGACCUUUAA